UUAUAAAACAGUAUUUAAAUAGCAAUUGUUGUAACUUGUAGUAGUAUCACUCAAUUUGUUUAAUAGAUUCGUAUGUAUAAUAAUAAUUAACUAAAAUAAGAUACUUUAGCUAAUUCACAAUGAUGUCGUUAUAUUAGGGGGGGGAUUAACUGUUACUUUGUUAAAUUCGAUUUAAAUUACUUGCGGGGGAGAUAAUCACGACGCUGUUUUGAGGACUUUAUAUCUUUAGUUUCCUCUUCGAGAGCCGCACAUGCGUCGAAAAGCUUUUUUCAAAUAUUUGAAAUAACAAAAAAACAGAGAACCGAUCAAUUUAUAAGAGAAGAAGCAAGAAGAAAGAAGAAGAGAAAAACAAACAAAAUAUCGAGAUCCAAUCUUUAUAUCACGCGGCGGAGAUGCAGUCUUCUCCGAACCUAUUAUGCUGUCCGAUGUCUUUAAGGGCAGCGAAGUCCGACGACAUGGCGCUGAUUCACGGCUCCAACAGGCUACCUUUACCCGAAGAGGUCCGUCGAAGAGUCAUCAGGAAGUCUUCUUCGUCUGUUGACGUCUCACCUCGAAUUUGCCGGCAGCAGUCGUUCAGUCGCGAUAUUGGCCAUGCAGCUGCAGAAACGUAUUUGAUUACUCGGCUUAGCUUCAACCUUCUUGGAUAUCUCGGGGUAGGUUACCGGUGGAUUACAAGAUUACUUGCUCUUGCUUGUUAUGCAAUGCUCCUUAUGCCUGGUUUCCUUCAAGUUGCAUAUCUUUAUUUCUUCUCAUCCCAAGUCAGGAGGAGUAUAGUUUAUGGAGAUCAACCAAGGAAUAGGCUUGAUUUGUACAUACCACCAACUCCAACGAACGAUGGCCUGAAGCCUGUUGUAGUUUUCGUCACUGGUGGAGCUUGGAUUAUUGGGUACAAAGCCUGGGGUUCUCUCUUGGGAUUGCAGCUAGCAGAAAGGGAUAUCAUUGUGGCCUGUUUAGAUUACAGAAACUUCCCUCAGGGAACCAUUAGUGAUAUGGUAAAUGAUGCCGCUCAAGGAAUCUCAUUUGUCUGCAAUAAUAUUUCUGCUUUUGGAGGUGAUCCUAACAGAAUUUAUUUGAUGGGGCAAUCAGCUGGUGCACAUAUCUCUUCUUGUGCUCUCUUCGAACAAGCUAUUAAAGAAUCAAGAGGGGAUAGCAUCUCAUGGAGUGUUUCUCAGAUAAAAGCUUACUUUGGUUUAUCUGGAGGGUACAAUCUCUUCAAUUUGGUUGAACACUUCCAUAAUCGGGGCCUGUACCGUUCAAUUUUCCUAAGCAUAAUGGAAGGAGAAGAGUCCUUUGAACAAUUCUCUCCCGAAGUAAGAUUGAAAGAUCCGAGUGUACGAAAAGCCGCUUCUCUCUUGCCUCAUAAUAUACUCUUUCAUGGAUCUGAGGAUAAUUCUAUCCCCGCUGAAGCAAGCAAAACUUUUACAGACGCUCUACAAGCUGUUGAAGUGAAAGCCGACUUAAUUAUGUACAAGGGUAAAACUCAUACCGAUCUAUUUCUUCAGGAUCCCCUGAGAGGUGGUAAAGACGAGCUGUUUGAUCAUAUAGUCUCUAUGAUACACGCUGAUGACAGUGACGCACUGAAAAACGAUGCAUUUGCACCACCGAGAAAACGGCUGGUUCCAGAGUUAUUGCUGAAACUGGCUGGCAAGGUCAGCCCCUUUUGAACAGGAAAGCUAAAUCUCCAUACGGUUCUUCUUGUAGCUUCUUGUUUGUUGUUGUUCUGUGUUUUCUUUUUCUUCGAUUUGUAGCAACUCUCACAUGUUGAUAUGAUUGAUAUAUAUAUAUACAUAUACAUAUAGUC